AUGGAUGGGACCAAGCCAGCCAUGGAGUCUAACGCGGAGGAGAACCAGGACGAGGGGCAAGAGAGCAAAGGAUGCUUCGAGUGCUGCAUCAAGUGUCUGGGUGGAGUGCCCUACGCCUCCCUGGUGGCCACCAUCCUCUGCUUCUCGGGCGUCGCGCUCUUUUGCGGGUGCGGUCACGUGGCGUUGACCGGCACGCUGACCAUGCUGGAGAACCAUUUCUCCAGGGUCACCAGCGACCACGCCACGCUCACCAUUGCUAUCCAGAUCCUUCAGUACAUCAUCUACGGCAUCGCCUCCUUCUUCUUCGUGUACGCCAUCGUCCUGCUGGCCGAGGGCUUCUACACCACCAGCGCCAUCAAGAAGGAGCUGCAGAGCGACUUCAAGACCACCGUCUGUGGACGCUGCAUCACCGCCUUCUUCAUGUUCCUGACCUACAUCUUGGCUCUGGCCUUCCUGGGAAUCUUCGGCUUCACGGCCAUUCCCGUCUUCCUCUUCUUCAACAUGUGGAACACCUGCGCUGCCAUGAGGUCCCCCGAUGCCAACAUCACCUUGCCCGACUCCAUCUGUGUGGACGUCAGGCAGUACGGUGUUAUCCCGUGGAACGCAACACCAGGGAAAGCCUGUGGCUCCACACUGGGAGAUAUUUGUAACACCAGCGAGUUCUACCUGUCCUAUCAUCUCUACAUUGUCGCGUUUGCCGGCGCCGGGGCCACUGUCAUCGCACUGAUCCACUACCUGAUGAUCCUGGGGGCGAACUGGGCCUACCUUAAGGGCGCUGUCAGCACGCACGAGUACCAAGACAUCAAGACCAAGGACGACCAGGAUUUAGAGGCCGAGGCGCGCUCCAAGGACGGCCAGAACUCCUCGUCCUACUCAUAA